AUGCCUGAAAAUAAUGAUGGUGCCAAAGUCUGCGUAGAAAAACAUGGGGACAAUUGCAAUGAUGGGUCAGCUGGUUGCAUAAAUAAUGAGAUCAACAAUGGUGAUGAAGGAGAUGUAACGUAUGCCCUUUCCUCUUUGCAAUUUCUUGAAUCUAUCGAGGGCUUGUGUGGCUCUUCAUGCCCAUGGGCUUUGCUCGUUCACGGAAUCUUAGGGAUAGACAUAAACAUGUGUAUGAUGGGUCUGCAAGGAUUUGUAACUCGUAGGUAUUUCGUUUUUGUUGAAAAAGGGAUUCAUCGCUUGUCAAGACCUGCCAUGGCAUUCACUAACCCGUUGUCAAUUAUUAGUGGCCACCUUUAUUCAACGGAUGAUAAAUUGAAGAGGGGAAGCCCCCCUCCAUUUCUCAAGAAUGCUUGUGAAGAUGUUGUAGUAGGCGAAGAGCCAAUGUCGUCUUGCUGCGUUGGUGUUCCCCUUGGCUUUAGCAAUAGCGCAUGGCGGCAUGAUAACCAUAGCCCCUAUGUUCUUGGGACAUCCGAUGCAGGGGUAGACAAUGCCCUGGCUCUUCUAGCAGUGCUGCCUCAUACUCAUCAUUUUCUCGGAACAUCCAACAUAGCUGCCGGCACUGCCCUGCACCUUCCAGCAGUGCUGCCUCCUACUCAUUCUCUUCUCAGAACAUGCGACAUAGCUGCCGGCGCUGCCUUGCAUCUUCCAGCGUGCUGCCUUCUACUUCUCCUCUUCUCGGAACAUCCAACAUAG